CAUCCACCGACCUUUCCAUUCACCGGGGCUGGACCUCUGCUCACUCACCCAUCUCAUCUCUUCUCGACUUUUCCCAACCUCUCCACUCUAUCUCUACUCACGCACGCCCUCACCGCUCACACCACACCGCCGCGCCCACACCGCGCCGUCCCUGCACGUUCCGUAACCCGCCUCCCACGAAUGCGAGCGCCAAGACCUCUGGCCUCCAUCACCUCUUGGCACUGCCAGCGCACGCUUAUCAACCCUUCGUCGUCUGUUCGACGCAUCAUCCCUCUGCUUCCCCACUCUCGCUCCUACGCAAACGUCAUGAGCGCGCCACCACUGCACUCGCCGCUGACCGAGAUGGAGAUCUCACCGACUCCAAACCACAAUGUGUGCUCUAUUGUCAAGGGCUCAAAGUUCCGUCUCCCGAUCCCGGACCACCUCCAGCUCGUCCUCAAUUCAUGCAACGAGGACAACCCUGGCAAGAAUGCCGACUACAUCCCCGAGUUGCGCGACGCCGACUCGAACCGACUCGGCGUCGCAGUGUCUACUGUCGACGGGUUCGUCUACACCGCCGGCGAUGUCGACAUACCGUUCUCGAUCCAGUCCAUCUCCAAGGCGUUUGUGUAUGCGCUCGCAAUCGAGGAGCACGGCCUCGACUAUGUCCUCACGCGUGUGGGCGUCGAGCCGUCGGGCGAGGCGUUCAACGAGCUUUCGCUCGAGCAGGAUACCUGCCGCCCGCUCAACCCCAUGAUCAACGCCGGCGCAAUUACGACGCACACACUCAUCGGCAAGGCCGACACGUCGUACGAGGAGCGCUUUGAGAAGAUCCGUAAGGGCUUGUCCAAGUUUGCCGGGCGCGAGCUCGAGGUCGACGAGAACGUGUACAACAGCGAGAUGAAGCACGCGUUCAGGAACCUCGCCAUCGCCAACAUGCUGCGCAACUACAAUGUGUUCGACCUCGACCCCAAGAAGGUUGUCGAAGGCUACACGCGCCAGUGCGCGGUCUUGGUCACAGCCAAGGACUUGGCCGUCAUGGCUGCGACGCUGGCCAACACGGGCAUCCAGCCCGUCACUGGCGAGCAGGUCGUCCGGCCGCAGACGGUGCGCCAGACGCUGUCGGUCAUGAUGACGUGCGGGAUGUACGACGGCGCCGGCGACUGGGUGACCAAGAUUGGCUUCCCGGCCAAGUCUGGCGUCGCGGGCGGCAUCAUCGGCGCGCUCCCAGGCCAGGUGGGCAUCUCGACCUUCUCCCCCAAGCUGGACAAGCACGGCAACUCGGUGCGCGGGGUGCGCAUCUGCCAGCGGCUGUCGGACGACAUGGGCCUGCACAUUAUGCAGCAGCCCGAGCCGGCGCGCUCCGUCGUGAGGCGGCACUAUGUGCUCAAGAACAAUGAGACGGGGAUCACGGCGGCCGUGCUCGCGCUGCAGGGCACCGUCACCUUCACGCCCGCCGAGCGCGUGCUCCGCGUCAUUGCUGAGCGGUCUGCGGAAGUCGACUACGACCCCGAGAAGGCGCGCCUCGUGCUCGACUUCCGCGCCGUGCACCACGUCGACGAGACAGCGCGCCGCAUGAUCCGCGAGAGCGUCACGCGCAUCCGCCAGGCGGGCUUCGAAGUCGUCAUCGUCGACCCCGAGGGCCUGCUCCAGAUGACGGCGACCUGUGCGGACAAGGCCGCGGUGGAGAAGGCGCGCGCCCUGGGUCGCCUGGUCGACGGGGUCGAUACCGACCUCGACAGGUACAAGGGCUGGGAGGUGACUGAGCAGGACCGGAUUAGCAUGUAG